AAGCACCAUUAUGUUGUACCAACUUUUGCCAUGGCAGGACAAAGUCAAGCAGAUGUCAUCAAGUUAUUAUUCAAUCAAGUAGAUCAUGCACCUUUUGCUCCUAAAGAAGAAUAUGAACGAACAAUACCAUGGCAUAUCGAUCAAAACAAUUCACUUGUUACAUUGUCACAUUAUACAUGUCUGGGUAAAGAAAACCCAGUGUCUCGAAAUUAUUUAUUGAGCCUAGGUCAACGCUUAGGCGUGACAACCAUCUUGGUCAUUACUGAUGAACAUACAAGUGAUACUGUGUAUCCCUUAUUAGAUGCUCUCACAAAAGCCAUGGAGCUCAACACACACGCUGACAAGCUGACAAAACAACCUUCUUGGUGGAACAGAGUUGUUCUUGUCAUCAAUCAACAACACGAUGUGAGUGAUCAAAUAGCUUAUACACAGCGUAAAAACAUACUUGUGGGAGACAUGCCUCGUAUUCAAGAACGGUAUCGAAUCUCUCAGCCGCUUUCUACUUUAUUCGUGAGCACACAAGUAUACGAUCAAAUCAAACAGACUCAGGAAGGCGUUCAUUAUCAACGCUGUUGUCAGCGCAUUCUGUGGCAAAUGAUGCAGAAACACACGUUGAGUGGGCGCUGGUGUAGUGAACUAUCAACGCUUCAGAACAGAAUGAACAGUACUAGCAACACAUUGAAUAUCUUGACAGAAGACGACGAAAGUAGUUCAAGUAGUGAUGAAUCCUUGUUUGUUACAGUCAUUGAUUAUGUCGAUGGAAAGAUAAAGAAACCAACGAAAAAGAAAAAG